UAUACGGCUGUAUAAUAUACUAAAUGAUGAUUUUUCUAUGUUCUUUUUUUCAGUGAUUUUUUGUUUGUUAUAAUAACAAAGAUAUGUUCCCAAUAAGUUGAGGUCAGUUUAGGCCACCUCGAGCUCAACAGCCGCAGUCACAACUCUCAGCCGAAGGUUACUUAUUUUGGUAGUCAAUCUUCAGAUAUUAUUUUUCGAAGUCUCAAGUUUGGUAGCGGGUUUAUUUUCUUUUUUUUUACGAAAGAUAUGUCACUUGUUAAAAAACCGAGGCGGAACAUCAGGGCUCGGGGGUUCACGGAAAGCGAAGAGGCCGAAUCCGAACAGACGGAAGAGUGCCACACGUUAAUCAGAGACACGAAGCCGAAAAAGGCCGGAAAACACGCACACCAACCGCUGCUGAGCUUCGAAGAGGACUUGAACGAAGGUGAUGAUGGAGAAGUGUUCAAAGUCAAAAAAUCAGCUCAGAGCAAGAAAAUCAAAAAGCAGUUGGACAAAGAGAGAAAGAGGAAGAAAGAGAAACCCGAUAUUAAUGCAGAUCCGAACAGUGAAAAAAAUUUAAUUCCUAAUGCAUUAGAUGAUGAUAUUGUGAUUAAGCUAAAGAACACAUUUCCCAUUUUAAAUGGCAAAGAAGCAGAGGCAGCGGUCCAGGAAGGUAUGAGCUCAGAUGAGGAAGAGGAUAAGAGUGUACAUAAGUUUACAAAACGUCCAGAUGCUGUGAAACUAAUAUUGGAGAGAGGUAAAAUUCCCGAUGCUGCUACAAUUCAUGCAGCUCGUAAACAGAGGCAGCAUGUCAGGGAAAUGGGAGAAAUUGUACCUGUGCCCGAUGAAAGCUCGAGAUUUGAAAAUGCACAGUCGCGUCUAAUUAGGGAAGAUGACAACGACGUGAGCGACGGGGAAGAGGAGAGAAUCAAUAUGGCUGUGAAUCUUGCUGCAGAAGAUAGAAUAAGACGUAAAGCUGAAUUUGAAGCUGCUCAAGAAUUAGGAUCGGAAGAAAGUGAUAAAGGAGAAGAAGAAGAAUGGGAAACACAACAGAUAAGGAAGGGUGUGACAGGAGCCCAAAUUGCUGCAGUUCAGCAGGAAACCUUGUUUUACAAUCAGUAUUUGGGGUCAGGAGGAUCAACUGGAAUGUUAGGAGAGAGGGAUAUUGACAGCAGAGCUGAAUUUGGUUCUUCUGCGUUUCCACCUUUACCACCUUCUGGCAUAACUGACCCACAAGUCGUUGUGUCCAAAUUGAAGGAUAGAUUAACCGAUCUCAGAGAAGUGCAUAGAAGGCACACUAUAGACCGCGACAAGGCUACAGACGAGAUCAAUACACUGAAAAGGGAAUGCGCCGAGUUAAAGGAGAACGCACCAAAACUAGCUGAGAGAUUCCGUUUUUACCAAGACUUGCGUGGGUAUGUCACUGACUUGGUAGAGUGUCUAGAUGAGAAGAUUAUGAUUGUCGAAAUGCUUGAGCAAAGGGUUGAGUCUUUGUUCAGCACGAGAAAUGCCGAUUAUGUAAACAGACGGAGGCAUGAUGUCAUGGACCAAUCGCAAGAACAUAUUCCUUUAGCACAAAGAGGUAAAAUUGAAAAGGAUGAAGCCCAGGUUAGGCGGAUAGCGGAAAGAGAAGGCAGGAGGAUAAGGAGACAAAGGGCAAGAGAAUUAAAAGGGAUAGUCACACAUGUUGACGGAAUGUCAAGUGACGAGGAAAUCACCGAAACUGAAAUUGUCACCGCAAGGGCUCAAAGAGAGGUGAUUGAAAAAGACGCCAAACAAGUUUUUGAGGACACUCUUGAAGAGUUUUCUUCGAUUCAAGGCGUGCUCGAAAGAUUUGAGCAAUGGAGAAAGAACGAUAUGGACGCUUACAUAGAAGCCUAUGUUAGUUUUUGCCUUCCGAAAUUACUUGGACCCUUGAUACGUCUUAAAUUGCUCUUUUGGAAUCCUUUCACCCCGGGUAAUAAUGAUAUAGAAAAGACACAGUGGUGUAAUAGUUUAUUACUUUAUGGAUUGGAUCCUGAAGAGACUGAAGAAUCCUUGAAAAAAGAUCCAGAUAUUCAACUUCUUCCAAGGAUAGUAGAAAAAAUUGUUUUGCCAAAAUUAACUCAACUGACAUCACUAUGCUGGGAUCCUAUGUCCAGUUCACAAACGGUGUCUUUUGUGAGCCUCGUUACAAAACUCAUACAGGAUUAUCCAACGAUAACUCAUUCAUCGAAGUUCUUAACGAAUUUAGUCAGCGUCAUUAUAGAAAAAAUGAAGGAAGCUGUAGAAAAAGAUAUAUUCAUUCCUAUAUAUCCGAAACAAAAACUAUUGGAAUCGAAAGUGUUCAGCUUCUUUUCAAGGCAGUGCACUGUUGCAGUAAAGCUCCUAGGCAACAUUGUCCGAUGGCAGGGUAUUUUGAGCGAUACAGCUUUGUCCGAGAUAGCUUUAAACUCAUUGCUGAACCGAUACCUGCUAUCUGCGAUGAGGAUCUGUCAGCCGAUUCAAGCCGCAAAUCUUUGCCAAAUGAUUGGAAAUAUUCUACCGCGCGUCUGGCUCCAAGUUUGUGUUCAUCCACCGCAGCUCUUACCAUUUUUGAAUGAAGCCCAUGCAAUUGCUAGGCAAUUAGACAUUGAUAAACCUAUCGAAAGAGAUGCCAUGGAGAGGAUGAGCGGAGUACUUAAAGCUGCAGCUUUGUUAAAAAACAAUAAUUGAGAAUUUAAAAAAAUAUAUAUAUUUAUUGUUUGAUGUUAA